UCACCGCCUGCGUUGCACCGGUCAUGUGUAUGUCAUGACACACACCAUGAGACAGACAAGUACAUGCAUGCACCAUCCAUUUUCACGGGUGGCUCACUUACUUCCCGCCGAGUUCCAUCGCGUCCUCGCCUCUCCUGUAUGUUCUGCAGGGGCACUCAGCGGACUGCGAAAUAGGGCCUCCGGUGUGUGGCGCGCCAGGGAACAGGGCGUAAGAAAGGUCAAUCUGCCCAGACAGAUGUGCAUGCAGGUAUCAAUCAAUACGUUGUGUGUGUACGGAUGCGCCCAUCUUUGUGUCUCCUACGAGGGCGAGAUCGCCGGCCUUUGGAGGAUAGAAGCCCACCAGCUGCAACGGUCAAUAUGGGCGGACACGAGUGCCUCUGCUGCUCACUGAGAGACACGCCCCGGCCCACCGGCCCACCUGUUCUCCGCUUGGAGUCUUCAGCUUGACUGCAUAUCUGUUUGGGUCGUUCGCCGGCCCUCUCGCCCCCUUGCGAAAAAACAGCACGUUGCCGUCCUGACAUGAAUGCAUAGACAUACAGACACCCCGUCUCUGCCCUGUUCUGUGUCGUAGUCGUGUGAGUGUGCCUCUCGUACAUGCAUGUCGCAGUGGUGGAAGUUGACACUCUGCAGCUGCAGCCCGGCCUGAGCGUAUGCCAUCGCCAGAUAUGCACCCUGGGGAAUCGUGUCUCCACUCUGAAUCGAAUGGAAUCGACGCAUGGCAUUAAUGCGACAAUGCGUAUGCGUGAUUAGGCCGGUCGCUCACAUCUGAGAUGGUGAGAGGGUUGUUGGCUUCGGCUGAUGGCAU